GAGCGCGAGCAAGUGACGACUCAGUUACGAAAGUGUUUUCAGCGUUAACGCUGCUGCAAGUGAAGACGAUAUUUUACUAUUUGAAAAUUUUCAUAUUUAAUAAUAACUAUUAGCUGUUGCAUUUGUAUAGUAAUAAACGAAUUGGCACAAAGCGCAUAAACGCAAUAAAAACAAGCAACAUACCAAAAAUAACAAGCACAAAAGCCGUUAAAAUGGCACAACACAUAACGCCCGCCGCAAGCGGGUGUCUCCAACGCUUUACCACCACCCAGCAAUGCUAUGUGUUCGCACUCGCCUUAUUGAUCGCCGUUUGUCAAGCGCCGACCGCCAUCGAAGCCGCGUUCUCACAGAAAGACUGUCGCGACUUGGGCGCCAACUCGCAUUGUCAGUGCUCGACGAUGCCCUCACGCUACGAGAUACAAUGCCCGCCCAUGGACUUCAAUCACAAAUUCACCUUGCAAAUCAAUCCGGGCGAACAUGUGCAGAUCGAGUGCGAUCGUGUGGAUGCACGCGAAUACAAUUUGUUGCCGAGCAUGUCGAUUGGCGAUAGCAAAAUCGUACAGAUCCGUCACUGUCCGCUGCCUGGACACGAUCCCAUAGCUCGCCUCUUUGAACACUUGGGUAUAACGAAGGUGAAUUAUCUGAUGUUCGAGAGUGGGGAGUUGGGCGCGAAUUUGACGCGUCAUCAUCUUAGUGAUUUGAAGAAUUUGGCACACCUACGCUUCAGUUCGAAUAGCUUGACACAUAUGCCGGAGGAUUUGUUUGCCGAUUUGACGAGUUUGAAUUGGUUGGAUUUGCGUUCGAAUAAUGUCAAUUUGACGGAGAAACUAUUUGAACCACUCAAGAAUCUGACGUUCCUCGAGUUGGGUCACAAUAAUUUGAAGACGUUACCGCGCGGCAUCUUCAAGAAUCAACAAAAGCUGGUGCAUCUCAAUUUGUGGGGCAAUCAAUUGCGUAAUCUGACUAGAGAUGUAUUCGAGGAUGCCACUUCACUCACCGACAUCGAUUUGAGCGCGAAUAAUAUUGAGACAUUUGCGCCGGAUGUCUUUCAAACGCUAACCAUGUUGGGUAGUCUCUAUAUAAAUGCAAAUCAUUUCCGCGAAUUGCCAUUUGGACUUUUCGCCAAUAAUAAGAAUCUCACAGAAUUCCGUUUGAUCAACAAUCGUGUCGCGCUCAUUGCGCUGCCAUCAAAACUGUUUGCCAACUUGCCGCACUUGCGGGAUGUGCGUUUAUCUUGCGAACUGGAGAGUGUGCCCGAAGAUCUGUUCGAAAACUCAAACAAGCUGGCGAAUCUCACAUUGAAGGAGAACAUGUUGACCACACUACCCGCGCAACUAUUCCGCGAUCAACAUGAAUUGUACGAUUUGGAUCUGUCGCAUAAUCGGCUGCAAACACUGCCGGAUGGUCUCUUCCAGCACACGAAGAAGUUAGUGGAACUUAGACUAUCACACAAUCAGCUACGCGAAAUCUCAGGCGAGCUUUUCAAUACACUGGUCAAUCUCGAGCUACUGCUGUUGGACAACAAUAAUUUGCUAACGAUCAACAUUUAUGCCUUCCGCGACACAGCCAAAUUGAAGUUCCUAAAUUUGGAGAACAAUCAAAUCGAUCUCGCCGAAGCGCAUGCGGCCAUACUUGAACCCAGCGAAUACACCAAUUCCGAGUUCGAUGCAAAUUCACCAUUCCAAUUCCUCUACCAACUGCAACAACUUAAUUUGCGCAACAAUUCCAUCAUGUACAUCUUCAACGACUGGAAGACACAACUGCUCGAACUGCAGAAACUCGACCUCAGCUACAACAACAUCACCAUAUUCCAUGCACAAGAUCUGCAGUUCCUCAGCAAACAUCCGGUGGAAGUGAAUCUCACGCAUAAUCUCAUACACGAAAUCAACUUCAAUACCAUCCAAAUCAUGGAUGUUCCUUUCGGUAACCGACUAGUGCGCAUAGACCUCAAUGACAACCCGCUGUACUGUGACUGUCUGAUGUUGCCCUUCUUGAAAUUCAUCUUCGACGAGUUCAAAGACAAGUUCGAAAAUAAAAUUGAGUUAUUGACAUCGAAUUUGCAGUGUGAAGGACCGACCGCAUUGCAGGGUAAGCAUAUGCCGGAACUGAGUUACAUGGAGUUGGUGUGUCCACUGGAUGACAGCGCCUCCAGCGAAAAGCGUUGUCCGCGCGGCUGCGAGUGUUGGGUACGUCCGCAUGAUGCGAUGCUGCUGGUGAAUUGCUCCAAUGGCAAUCUGACACGUUUGCCCACACUGCCGCACGAACCACUACUCAAAGGCAUCGUGUUGUUUGUGGAGAAUAACAAUUUGAUGAGAUUGCCGCUAAGCACCACCACCGGUUACGCAGAUGUGAAGCAACUGCAUGCCGCCGGCAAUCAACUGCGUGCCAUCGAUGCCAACAACUUGCCGUUGGGCCUACAACACUUGGAUCUGCGCCACAAUAUGCUGCAGCGUCUAAAUGCGAGCGUGCUGGAUUACCUGAAUAGCAGCAGCACGUUGGAGGGAGUUUUACUCUCCCACAAUGCGUGGCUCUGCGAUUGCGAGACGAAGCCACUGCUUGAGUUCACACAAAGCGCCACCGUGUUGCAGAAGCUGAAGAUGCGUGACUUCACGCAGAUGCGUUGUGCAGCAGAUCCAGCCAAACCGCAGACGGUGCAAUGGUUCAAGGACAUAUCCGUCGCCGAUAUCUGUCCCACAGAAAUGGGUUUCGUCAUCGCUAUGGGCACCAGCAUUGCAGUGCUGGGUCUACUGAUCGGCAUCUGCGUGGCGCUCUACUACAAAUACAAUCAGGAGAUUAAAGUUUUCCUCUAUGCGCAUAACUGGUGUCUGUGGUUCGUUACUGAGGAGGAGUUGGACAAGGACAAGAAGUACGAUGCGUUCGUCUCCUACUCACAUAAAGAUGAAGCCUUUAUUGCCGACUAUCUCGUGCCCGAGUUGGAGCACGGUCCGAUACCAUUCAAGCUGUGCGUGCACGUGCGUGAUUUCAUUGUUGGUGGCUGCAUACCCGAUCAGAUUAUACGCUCGGUGGAUGAGUCCAGACGCACGAUUGUGGUGUUAUCACAAAAUUUCAUCGAAUCCGUGUGGGCGCGUAUGGAAUUCCGUGCGGCACAUCAGUCGGCGCUCAAUGAGAAACGUAAUCGUUUGAUUGUGAUCAUUUACAGUGACAUUGAGAAUAUCGAAAAUUUGGAUAGCGAACUGCAGGCAUACCUCAAAACCAACACCUAUCUGAAAUGGGGCGAUCCAUACUUCUGGGAUAAAUUGCGCUAUGCCAUGCCGCACCCGAGCCGUAAGCCGACUGGCGGUUUGGAGAAGACCGCUAUGAAGAGUUCAGUCGAUGAUAAGCUCGAACUCAUCAAACCAUCACCGGUAACACCCUCACCCACCACACCACCAGCCAUGGCGGCGAAAAAUCCACUCAUCGCCCACUUGAACGGUGGCACACCACAAACCGCGAUCAUUAUACCCAAUGGCAAGUUGUCCAAUGGCAUAACACCCAACUAUCACAUGAAUGGCAAGACACAAAAUGGACAUAUUAACGGCGCUUUCAUCAUCAAUACGAAUGCCAAGCAGAGUGAUGUAUAGAACAGGGAGAAGGCGGAAGUGUUUCAAUUCGAUGACGAUUUCUUGUUUCGAUGAACCUGAGCCGUCAACACGUUCUAAGUUAAUUUUGAUUGAAAAAAACAAAAUGGAAAUUUGGUAGAACAAGGCUUGCUGGUUGCAACAACUAAAAGUAGGCUACAACAACACACGCAGAGAUGUAAAUGAGGCGGAAUGAAAGGCGUGUGCGCGUUUAUUUAAUACUUGAAAACCGUUAUUUAACUUUUUGCUCAAAAUGUGUUCACUUAAGUUUCCUUUACUUCUUUUAUUGCACGCACUUGAAAUUAUGUAGCAUACCUUUGGGCAUUUAUUGAAUUAUGCAAUUUAGCAAUUGUAUUGACUACAAUUAAAUGAAAAUUUCGAAUUUUUAUUAAGAAAACGUGCGUUUCGCAGCAACUGAAAUUCAAAAUUUUUUAAAACUUUUUUAAACUUAUUUUAAAUUAAUUAAUUUUUAUAUAUUUAAGUUGUUUAUGACUUGUAAAAAAUGAAAUCUCACAAACAAACAUAUUUUUAUACUCUCGCUAGCAUUAAGCAUGUAACAAGUUAGCCAAUAAAUCUAUAUAUAGCUAAGCAAGUAACGUAUAUGUAACAUUAAAUGCUAAACUCUAAAAAUUCCACGCUAAAAAGUAUGCAGCACAUUAGGGUUAAGCUGUAUAAAGAUGCUCAAUGUGUUAAGCUCAAUAUUUUUUUUUUUAAUUUUCACAUUACUCAUUUUCGAAGAAGAAAAGCUAGAAAUUUAAUUUUUGAAGGGGAAAAACUAGAAAUCUCAUUUAGAAGAAGUGAAAGCAAGAUAUUGAAUUUUUGUAUCAGAAAAGCUUCAAAUCUCAUUUUGAAGAAGAAAAAGCAAAAUCUCAUUCUUGAAGCAGAAAAGUAAGAAAUCUCAUUUUGAUGAAGACAAAACAAAAAAUCUCAUUUUCGAUAAAGAGAAUCUCGUUCGUAGAAAAGCAAGAAUUCUCAUUUUUGAAGCAGAAAAGCUAGAAAUCUCGUUUUAAAAUUUAGACAAUCAUUUCGUUAGUUGAUUUUUUACGAAUCUCUGUUAUUUAAUAUAAAUAAACUCGGACUAUAGAAAAGUAUAUUGUUUUUGAACUUAUUCGCUUUAAGAGAAUUUCUCGAAUAUUUGUUUACCGUUAUAUAUGUAUAUACACUUGAUAUAGCACAUUAUUUAACCACAUUCAAAUAGCUGAAGCAGAUGUAUGUAUGUAAGUAAAUGAUUAGCAGUUACUUUGUAGGCACACAUACACAUAUACACAACAACAACACAAAUACACAUUUUCACAUUUCACAAAAAAAUGCAAUAUGAUAAUUCCAAAAACUAGCAUUAAGUAACAGUAAACACGCAUACAUGCAUGUAAUAAAUUACAGUAAUAUGUGUAUGUAUGUAUGUAUUGUCUGCAUAAGUAUAUAGCAUAGAUGUGAACUUAAAUUCGGCUAAACGAUAAGUAUGUACUUAGUAGAUUUUUCAAAAUAAAUAAAUAUAUAUAAAAUGAAAAAUAAAAACAAAAACAAAACAAAAAAAAUUGAACAAAAAUUAAUAUAAUUUAAAAUAAAUAUAAUUAUAUAUAUAACAUAAAUAUAAAUAUAUAUUUAGCUUUAGAGGAGUACAUAUAUACCCAAACAAAUGCCUUCUACAUAAAUAUGAGUAAAACAACAAAAAUUAAAAAAAAUAUAUAAAACUUGAAUAAAAUUAAAUUAUAUAAGCAACAACAAAUUAUAUAAGUGUUUAAGCUAAUAACUGUGCAUUGCCGUACAUAUAUGUAUAUGUAUAUAAGUAUGUAUGUAUUGUAAGCUAUAAAAUAAAAAUGAAAAUAUUGAAAAAGCAGAAAAAAAUAAAAUUCUUUGCGCCAACAACAGAUAAAAUGCAAUUAAAAAAAGCAAAACUACAGUUAUAAAUACAAGCAAACAUGCAAACAAAUACACUCAAGUUGCAGUAAUACAAUAUGAAUUUAUUUUUUUUACGCAUUCCAACAACAACAACAAAAAUAUAUUUGUGUCAACAGGCAUUAAUUAAAAGAAUUUAAAUAUUUAGCAAACAACAACAACAAACAUAACAAAACUUCAAAAAAAUUAUUUCAAACUUAAAGUGACAAGACUACUUUAGUUUUCAAACCAAGUUCUCCACAAAUAAAUAUAUGUGUAUAUUCAACACUAUAUAUAGUAUAGUACAUACCAAAUACAUGCAUAUGUAGAUAUAUGCAAACCAAAUUUUAUGUCAUCAUACCAACUACAUAUAAAUACAGUUACAACAAAGCAAACAAUCUCUUAUGUGAGUGUUUAUUCUGUCUGUCGCUCGUAUCAAUUUGUAUUAAGCAUUAUACACAUAAGUACAUAAGAAUUAAAACAACAAAAUAUAUACUCGUACACAACAAUACACAUGCAUAUAUAUGUAUGUAUAUAUAUGUAAAGAUGUUUGUGUUAAUCAAUGUCAUACACAUUCAGACACACGCACUCACUCACUCAUAGGCAGAUCAUAUAUUUGGACUAAAUUUACGCUAUAUAUAUAUAUAUAUAUUGCUAGAUGUAUGUAUAUUUAGGUAUGAAAUAAUGCGAAUAAAAUUUAAAAUAAAAAUACAUAUUUUAAAAGAAGAAAUUAGA